UUAUUCUCACCGCGCCGUCAGCAACCGCAUUGUAACCCUUCCAAGCGACAAUCGCCUCAGCUGCGAGUGUCAGACACUCUUCGCAUUCCAGAUGCUCUCCGCGCUUCUCAAGCGCAACCCUUUCAGUUCCGUCCGCCUUCCGUUCCGCGCACGCGCAUCUCUCUCCGCCAUUCCCCCAGCGCCUAGAGCCACACCCGCCACGUCCGCGUUUCUCGGCAGCUUUUCUCGCCGCCUCGCUCUCCCCUCGCUCGCCAUGGCCACCGCCGCCGCCGCAGCUCCAGUCUCAGCGGCGGGUGCGGCGGCAGCUGCGACGACGGCGGCGGCGGCGGCGGCGGCGGCGGAGAUUCAGCAGCCGCGGAAGGCCGUGCGCAAGCUGCUGUCGCGGGAGCAGGCGGAAGGGGCAGGGGCGCGCGUGAGGCGCAGCAUCGGCAGGCCCGAGCUGCGGCAGUUGGACCCGUUCCUCAUGCUCGACGAGUUCGAAGCCUCUGACUCGGCUGCGGGCUUCCCGGAUCACCCGCACCGAGGCUUUGAGACCGUCUCGUACCUCAUUCAGGGCUCGUUCGUGCACGAGGACUUUAACGGCCACAAGGGCCAGCUGCAUGCAGGCGACGUGCAGUGGAUGACAGCUGGCAGGGGCGUGGUGCACUCUGAAAUGCCUGGCGAGGGGCCAACCCACGGGCUGCAGCUGUGGGUCAACCUGGCGGCCAAAGACAAGAUGGUGCCAUCAGCGUACCAGGAGUUGAAGGAUGCCGACAUCCCCAAGGCGUGCCGCGAUGGCGUGCACGUGGCCGUCAUCGCGGGCUCGGCGCUGGGCGUGUCCUCGCCCGUGGUCACGCGCACGCCCACCUCCUACCUCGCCUUCCGCCUCGCCCCCGCCGCGCACCUCGCGCAGCCCAUCCCCGCCGGGUGGAACGCGUUCAUCUACACGCUCUCGGGGGAAACCACCAUCGGGGAUGCAGAUGCAGAGCCCGCGGGCGCGCACCACACCGUGGUGCUGGGGGCGGGGGACGGUGUGUACGUGUGGAACAAGGGGGAGGAGGAAUGCCGCUUCGUGCUGAUAGCGGGGCGGCCCAUAGGCGAGGCGGUGGUGCAGCACGGGCCGUUUGUGAUGAACACAGAGGCGGAGAUCCGGCAGGCCAUGAGUGACUACCGGAAUGGGGCGAACGGGUUUGAGAAGGCGCGCACAUGGCGCUCCAUCCAUGGGAGGAGCGGGUAGGCCAGGCACGAGCUGCACUGGGCUGUGCUGUGCUUGCUGGCUUGUAAUAUAGCUUGUGUAUAAAGAGAGCGUGGAAGUGCAGUGCUUUUAUCCCAUUCUUUUGCAUGAGCAGAAGUGCUUGCAGCAAUUGAC